AUGGCUAAGCAUAAUAUUUUUCUAUUCUCUUUUGCAUGUUUAGUUUUCUCUUCUAUAACUCUUUUGAGUUGUGCUGCAACUCAAAUUGGUAAUGAAUACAUUGUAUACAUGGGGUCACUUCCUAAAGAAGUAUCAUAUUCUCCAACCUCUCAGCAUUUGAAUAUGUUGCAACAAGUCUUUGAAGGUGGCAACAUAGAAAAUCUAUUACUUAAAAGUUAUAAGAGAAGUUUCAAUGGUUUUGCUGCAAUACUCAAUGAUCAACAAAGAGAAAAACUUCUCAGUAUGAAAGAGGUGGUUUCAGUUUUUCCAAAUCAAAACUUUCACAUACAAACUACGGGAUCAUGGGACUUUCUUGGAUUUCAUCAAACAAUCAAAAGAAAUCCGAUUAUUGAGACUGAUUUGAUAAUCGGAGUCAUAGACAGUGGGAUAUGGCCAGAGUCUGAAAGUUUCAAUGAUAAAGGUCUUGGUCCCAUUCCAAAGAAGUGGAAGGGAGUUUGUAAAGGUGGUUCUAACUUCACUUGCAAUAAUAAACUCAUCGGAGCACGAUUUUAUGGUAAUACUGAUAGUGCGAGAGAUGAGGCUGGUCAUGGAACUCACGUAGCAUCAACUGCAGGUGGAAGAGAGGUGCAGGGUGUGAGCUUUUUUGAUCUUGGAAAAGGAACCGCAAGAGGUGGAGUCCCAUCUUCAAGGAUUGCUAUGUACAAAAUAUGUGGUGCAGAUGGUAGAUGCAGUACCAGUGAUAUCUUAGCUGCAUUUGAUGAUGUCAUUGCUGAUGGUGUUGACAUCAUCUCUCUCUCAAUUGGGGGUCAAAGUGCAAUAGAUUUUGUGAAUGACCCUAUUGCUAUUGGUUCUUUUCAUGCCAUGGAGAAUGGAAUACUCACAUCAAAUUCUGCGGGAAACGAUGGUCCUGGCGCGAGUACUAUAGUAAGUGUAGCUCCUUGGUUAUUUAGUGUUGCAGCAACUACCAUAGAUCGUAAAUUCAUUAGUAAGCUCAUUCUUGGAAAUGGAAAGACUCUCAUUGGUAGUUCAGUUAAUGCUUUCCCCUCAAAUGGCACAAAAAUUCCAAUAGCUGAGGGUACUUGCUCAAGUGGCUUAGAUAAAACAUUGGUAGAAGGUAAGAUUGUUUUGUGUGAAUCAGGAGAAAAUGAUGAACCCGCUUUUCAAAGUGGUGCAUAUGGUAUUGUCUCAAGUGUUAAAGAUUCUCAAAUUGACGUGGCUUUUGUCUCAGCGUUUCCUUCAACUAACUUGAAUUCAAAAGACUUCGAUCUUGUUCAAUUUUAUGCAAAAUCCACUAGAUCCCCUGAAGCUGAAAUUUUGAAAAGUGAGAUCUUACGUGACACAAAUGCUCCUAGAGUUGCUUUUUUCUCUUCUCGUGGUCCAAAUUCAGUGGUUCUAGAUAUUAUGAAACCAGAUAUAAGUGCCCCAGGUGUGAGUAUCUUGGCUGCAUUUUCACCUCUAGCCCCGCCUUCUUUUCGUAUCAGUGACACGAGAAAAGUUAGAUAUAACAUAGUGUCCGGAACCUCCAUGUCGUGUCCCCACAUUUCUGGAAUCGCUGCAUAUGUGAAAUCAUUUCAUCCAGAUUGGUCACCCGCGGCUAUAAAGUCCGCUAUCAUGACCACAGCAAAUCCUGUGAAUGGUACUUAUAAUGAUUUGGCUGGGGAGUUUUCUUAUGGAUCAGGGAAUGCCAAUCCGCUACUAGCUGUUAACCCGGGACUUGUUUAUAACAUCACUAAAGACGAUUAUGUGCAAAUGCUUUGCAAUUAUGGUUACGAUGAUGAAAAAAUUAAACAAAUUAGUGGUGAAGCCUCAAGUUGUCGUGGAACUUCUGAUCCAUCUUUAGUAAAAGAUCUAAAUUAUCCUGCACUAGUCAUUCCUGUUGCACCUCAGAGAUCUUUCAAUAUCAAGUUUCCUAGAACGGUUACAAAUGUUGGAUCUCCCACUUCAACCUACAAGGCUAUUGUCACUCCAAUUCCAAAUGUCAAGAUUACAGUGGAGCCAAAUCUUCUCUCAUUCAAAUCAGUACAAGAGACAAAGUCAUUUGUUGUCACAGUUGUUGGGAGUGUAGGAUCAGGUCAAACCGUGUUUUCAUCGUCACUUGUUUGGUCAGAUGGCACCCACAAUGUCAAGAGUCCAAUCAUCAUACAAUUAACAUCUUAA